AUGAGGAUGCUUGCCUACGGCAGUCCAGCUGAUUCGUUCGACGACACAUACCGCAUGGCCGAGUCAACAGUUCUUGAGACUGUGAAGCAAUUUGCAAGAACCGUCAUUGCUGUUUAUGAGUCUGAUUUCUUGAGGCCACCGACUGCAAGCGAGCUUGAGACAAUUUUACGAGUCAAUGAAGCUAGAGGUUUUCCUGGGAUGAUCGGCAGCAUUGACUGUAUGCAUUGGGAAUGGUCCAACUGCCCGACUGCGUGGCAUGGCCAGUACAAGGGGCACAAAGGCAAACCGACCAUAAUUCUGGAGGCUGUUGCUACGCAGGACUUGCGCAUCUGGCAUGCAUAUUUCGGAUUGCCUGGGUCCCAUAAUGACAUUAAUGUGCUUCAUAGGUCCCCGGUGUUUUACGACCUCGUUGAAGGACGAAGACCGCAAUUUGAGUUUGAUGUUAAUGGGAACAAGUACAACAUGUGUUACUAUCUUGCCGACGGAAUAUACCCUGAUUGGGCUACGUUGCCAGAGUUCAGUAAGAUACGUGGGCUAUUUCCGUUGUCAAAGAUCAGUGAUGUUAAGAUAUUUGGUGCUAUAUUGUCUGCAAGCUUGGAAGCAACUGCUAUUGAACAACCUGCAGAGAAUCUGACUAUGAACCUCGUGAUAACAAUGGAAUUUCAGUACAAGAAACGGGCAGCUGCUGGCAGUUCAGAGAGGUGGGAGGCCUAG